AUGGCUCCUCCUACUCAGAAGCCCAAGGGCGGCUCGAAGAAGCCAUCCGCUAAGGCGAAUCAAGCCGCAAAGGCCACCCUCCGUGGUGUCAAUGCCAACAAGGCGCGCAAGAUCCGCACAUCCACCACAUUCCACCGCCCCAAGACUCUGCAGCUAUCGCGCUCGCCCAAGUACCCACGCAAGUCUGUUCCUCAUGAGCCUCGCCUCGACCACCACAAGGUCAUCGUCCACCCGCUCAACACCGAGUCGGCCAUGAAGAAGAUCGAGGAACAUAACACUCUCGUGUUCGUUGUGGACGUCAAGGCAAACAAGAGACAGAUCAAGGCUGCGUUGAAGAAGCUGUACGAUGUGGAUUGCAUCAAAAUCAACACCCUCAUUCGUCCAGAUGGUACCAAGAAGGCGUUCGCCCGGUUGACGGCUGAUGUUGAUGCGCUGGACAUUGCGGCUACGAAGCUGUCUAUCGUCUAA